AUGCCUUAAAAUUCAAGCAUUUUAACUAAAAUAGGCUCUAACUAUUAUUAAUUUUAUUUUCAAUAUCCAUACUUCCCUUUAUUUCUUUUUCACAUUUUGAAUUAGACAUUUAAGUCAAAAUUUCACUUUUUAUAACAAUCUAAGGUUUUUAUAUUUUUCAGAAUAGAAUUUUUUUUUGUGAUUAAGUCUUUCUAAGUCUUACAUUUUAUACCAAAUAAUUAACAAAAGUUGAAAAUAAAUAACCAUGAUCCUAUUAGACUGACUCGUACAGAUCUUAUUGUGUACAGAUUCUAUAAUUUCAGAAGUUAAGCACAAAGUUCUUCUAUAAGCAUUAGAUAUUUUUAUCAUUUACAUUUGUUUCUUUUUUCGCUUGGAUUGAUAUUGAUAAUCUUGGUUUUUGAGCUUAAAAUCAGUCUCUUCGCUUGCUUUUAUAUCUUUAAUUUAAGAAUUUUGAGUAGAAUAAUUGAUGUUAAUUAAUUUAUUUUUUCUACAUUGUCUCUUAGAACCCUUAUGAGACAAUCAAUAAAAAUCAUUCUGUUUGUUUUACUUUAUAUUAUUUAAUGA